CGGUUUGAAGAGCACUGGGGCCAAAUACACCUUUGUUCAAGAUGGCCGCCUUACGAGGGCAGUUGUUGUACACUCGAAUAGCUCAGGUUUCUCACCGAUUCGUGAAAAGGAGUCAACCUGUUAGGAAAUUUGAAAUUUAUACAGAGAAAACUGAAGAGCGUAGCCUGUUACAUAGAAUCAUAACAGACUGGAAAACCCCGUCCAUAUUGUUCAUCAGUGGAGUGUUGGGUUGUCUAUUUUAUGAGCAGUUCAUAGAGGAACCUGAUGAAACAGGAAAAAGAGAUCCUUUGAUUACAAGACUCAUGAUGAAGUACAUUAUGGCAGAUCCUGAUGUUGACAGAGAGAAACGAGAGAAUCACAUGCGUCAUGUCAAAGAAAAAAUGGACAUUUUCCAAGAGAUGAAAAGAAAGCCUCGGCUUGGAAAGCAGCCAUUUGAUAUUGAGAAGAUUGAAAGGGAUAAACCUACAUUUAAGCCUUUUGGACCUGAUGGCUACUGAGCGUGAUACUCUCACUGUAAUACCUGGCUUACAUCAUUUUGUGGAAAAAGCUCACGAAUGAUGAGCAUGUUCCUGUGUAGAGCUGGCUCUAGUUUGCUUGAUUAUUGGGUUAUUUAAAGUUGCUGAAGGGAUCAAUCUCAUUUUGUUUUCUGUUUUGAUGUAAAAGAAAUGAGUUUGUAGUAUUUUAAAUGGAGAAGAGCUGUGUGUGACAUGUAUUAGGUCCUGUACUAUUUUGU